GGAUGUCUUUAGUAGUACACCUGACAGCACUUCACUUUGGCAGUGUAUUUACUGUCUUCACUUCAGAAACUGCUAACCAAAGCUUUAUAAAGGACAUCACACUGCCUUCAAUAGACACAGUGUGUUCCCAGGGAUUGGAUGUUCCUCUGUGUAACGUACCCAUUCUGCGUCGAGAAACCAACCACACAUCAGGAAUGGUCAAACUACAUGUAGAUACUGCAGGCAGGGGCAGCCUUAAUGAACUGCUGGCUUGUCAGACCAUGGAGAAGGACGGGGCAUGCUUACAGAUAGAAUGGAAGGACAAUCCUUUGAUGAUUCCCAUGAGUUCUGUCGCCCCCUGUUUGUGCUUUCAGGUUUGGUGGAAAAAAGGAGGACUUCGAAAUAACUACUGCCCAUUUCUUAAUGAUACAGUUCUCUCGGGAGCUAAUGUAUCCGUGUCUGUGGUGGAGAAAAGGGAAACCCAGGAUGAGGUUUACAGACACAGCACUGCUCUGGUCUGGAAUAUCACCGCUCCCUGCAGACUCCAGGCAGAACUUCAGCUUUGCAAAAGAACCUCAGGCUCAGGCUGCCAUGAAAUACAUGGCAAAAGUAAAAUGAGACAUCACCCAAAGUGGAACAACCACAACCGACACUGGGAGUUUGUGGGGGAGUUUACUGAAGUGGAGCGGCACCCUUCAGUAUGUGUGCAGAUUAAUGUGAAGGGACUGGAAGGACAUUUUAAGCCUGUUUGCCCUUUUGAAGUGAGAAGGGCUCACUGGAGCUUUGUUCUUCUGGUGUGUGUGGUUCUUCUCUGUCUGACCAUUUUGGGAGUCUAUGCAGUACAAGGAGCACUUAAAGGUUGGGUGUUCAGAUGGCUAAAAGUGGAUGAAAUAAGAGGAGCAGUGGGUGGAAGUCACGUGGUGCUGCUUUACCCUCCUGAUGCUGGCAGUAGUCUGACAGAGCUGGUGUGUCGUCUGGCCUCUAGUCUAUCAUCUUUAGGUUUCAGUGUGUCCCUGGACCUGUGGAGCCACUCAGAGCUGAGUGCCCUGGGCCCAGUGCCCUGGCUGCACUCUCGACUCGACCAGGUGCAGCGCCAGGGGGGCAAGGUGGUGCUGGUCCUCACCCAGGCAGCCUGGGCACGGUCAGAGGAGUGGGGUCGCCAUGCUGGAGCCAAGCGAAUGGAGACGCAGAAAGAGGAGGAAGAGGAAGAGGACAGUGACCACAGUGCCACAGUCUCGCCUUGUUCUGACGUUUUUAGUGCCUCACUAAGCUGCAUUCUUGCUGACUAUCUGCAAGGCCGUGCUGGUGAGCGCUUCGUUCUGAUCCAAUUUGAAGCUCAGCCGGCUGGAUCUCCAGGUGCAGGAGAGCUUCUGCCGGAGCUUUUCCGUGGACUUUCACUGUUCAGCCUGCCCUCACAGAGUUUGGGCUUUCUGACAGAACUCGAUGGUGGGACUCAGAAGAGACAGGCAGGCAGGGCGGUGGACAGGAGGAUGAGGGCUGGGGUUUUGAGAGCCAGGUCAAGAGCUUUGGCCGAAGCACUGCGGGAGCUACGAGAGGGGUUUAGAAUGGAGGAUCCAUGGGAGAGCAUCCCUCUGCAGCAGGGGCAGUCAUCUCCAUCAGCCAGCCCUGAGCUACACAACAAGAACAACACCCCAGUUAACUGGGUCUGAGUUACAUAAUUAGACUUAAUACUCUUGUAGAUUCUCAAACUUCGGAUUUUACCACAAAUUAUUUCCUCACAAAGUCGUAGUAAUUUUCAAGUGGUGAGCUCUAAGCACAAAUUCCAUGAUACAUGAGUUUACCAGUUAUGACAUGCUAUAUUACAAACAAAGUAGACUAACUUGACAAACAGGGAAAAGUAAUGGUAAACAAAUCAGUGUUUCCGAAAUUAAGCAGGAACCAUAUUGCCAAGAUUAAGGGAAUCUUUCCAUUGGAUGAUGUCAACCCAAAUGCAAACGCACAGUAAGCUACAAUGUAGUGAAUGCUCCUGAACAGCUGGCACUUUACUAGUUGAGGAGGCUUCUCUGGAUGUCCUAGCAGUGGCAAUCAGAAGUCUCAGUUUUAGUGUAAUUGGUUUCUGUGUAUUAAAGCUCCUCACCCAUUUCUGGGGGAGGAAAUUUAAGAAUUUUAGAACCAUCAUAUCUUGCCUGCUUUACCAAAAUUACAUACUGCAGUUAGUAACAUGUGAAUCCUUUUUUUUUAUUAGUUCAAAGAAACAGUCUUUCAGCAUAUCUAGUUUGGCUUGGAGUCCUUGAUGUGUAGCAAGAAAGACAUUUACCUAUUCUAGCUUUAACACCCAGGGUCCUGUUUUAGAGUAUGUUGUUAACCUCGCUUGCAGCUUGAUUUAUAGCAUCGCUGUUUCUUUGCUAUCGUAACAAAGGGAAAAGUACAACUUGUGCAACUCAAAACAUGCAAAAGGCAUGUACUAAUUCUCUUAAUUAUUUAUGGGUGUGUUUUAGGCGUAAUGUAAAAUAAACCAGUCAGCGUGUCACUUGCCAUUCCCUUUAAGAGUCUGGUGUGCUCUGACUUUGGCUAUUUUAAUUGUGUAGCUACGUGGAGGUGUCUAACACAUCUUGGAAGAGGAAACUAUCUGCUAUCUGCUCGUAUACGCUGUGAAGGUGCGCCAGCAGCUCCUUUACAGGAACAGCAAUGUUAUUUUAUUUCCAUUCUGAUAAUUGUUGAUUUAAUAGUUGGGUUUGUGCUGCUGUGAGUUUGUGUGUGUGUAAUAAGUGGCGGUGUACAUACAGUGCGCCUGUGUAGCUGAGAUAAGUCUGACGGGUGACUGUUAUCAGGGUUAUAUUUAGUCCGUGGAGCACCUGUGUUUUUUGUCACCAAGAUAGCAAUACACCAGAAAUUUACCUUAACACACUUCAUUUCCAGACCACCAAACUCAACUGGCACUGUUACGCACCUUGUACAGGGUGUAAGAUAGGAACUUUAAACACCUUUAUGGAAGAUAUUUUACUGUUUACUAUGUGUAUGCUGUGUCUUAUGUUUACUGUGUGUUGUAGUUUUACUAUGAUUUGUGUAACUAAAUAUUUCAGACUUCUGUUUCCAAAUAACACUGGAAGAUCCUGUUAGUUAAUGCAUUAUCCACUGACCAGGUUAGCUUACACUAAUAAUGUGUUUUGUCCAUGUAGUAAAGAAAAUGCUACAGUGUUGUGUAAUUUGUUCUAUUUAGCUAAUUGUAGUUAGUUAAAUAAUAGUACACAUCUACAUCUAAACUCAAACAUGUGAAAGUCAGCUUAGCAUGCUCCACACGUUACCCUGGCAGCAAAUGUGAAUAUGAGCAAAUGUCCAUUUGGUAUGAAUAUACAGUAAACAUCAGAUUUGGACAUUUUAUAUUGGUAACUGAAAUGUGAACACUGAGUGCUGCCGUUUUUUUUUUUAUGUUGUUAAAACUCUGAUGUGCUGGCUGCUCAUUAAAGUGAUUAGCCAUUGUGUAUAUCUGUUACAUAAUAUACCUUUUCCUGUGAAAUUAAAAUAGUUCUUGGCCAUGUUAACAGAUAAAAUCUAUGCAUUUGAUUUGUGAGAAAAAUGAAGAGAUUUACUUUCAGAUUUUAGAUCCCAAAGCAACAUUUUGUUAAAUGCACAAAAACCUCAAGACAUAAUCUAAAAUACAUGCAAAAUAAACUUUAUUGGGUCUAUAAUUCAAAGUGUAUAUAUGUACAUAGCGAUUUGCAUUGUGUGUUACUGAUGGGCAGAUUUUGGGUAUAAACAUAUUGAAUGUAAAAGUUAUGGGAAUUUGAGAAACAGAAACUAAUUGUGUUUCCAUAACUGAAGAAGAUUUAUGUGUAAUUCUAUACUUUGUCUUUUGGUGGCUCUUCUGAAGGUUUAUGUGAAGAUGAUGCUUUUGUCUCUUAUUCCCACGUCUGCACAAUUUGACCCUGCUAACUCUAAUCUUACCCAUAGUCCCAACCCUUAACCCUUCUAACCCUAAUUUAACCUUAUAACCGUAUAACCUUAUAACUUAAGUUAACCUAAUUUAACUUAUACCUAACCCUAGCUUUAAACAACAAUAACAUUUAUCUAAAGCUACAAUGUUUAUCCUUCAUUGUGAGGACAUUUGGUCCUCACAGAGAUAGUAAUACAAACAUGCACACACAGUAAGAGCGAGAGAGAGCGAGAGCACUCCAUUAAUGUAAACGUGAGCCAAUAAAUGGACUGUCCUGUCUGACAUCUCAAAUUACAGCCUUCUAUUUCACCCUUUCACUCUUUCAGCUGUGUGUGAGUGUAUGUGUGAGAGUGUGCAGGAGAAAGCUGAUUCUCAGGUGGUGGCUGGAGACACAGAUGCCUACAUUUGAAAAAUGGGUUAAAAUAUUGUGUAAAAAUGUGUAUAAAAUGUAUUUGUAGUUUUAUUAAAAAAUGUGACAAUGUGUCAGUUAUGAAGAUAUAACCCAAAAUACCAAUCAGUUAUGAAAUAGAAAAAUAUAUAUUUUCACUAUGAAUAUAUGUUGGGUCAACGGGUACAAUACAUACAGAGGAUGAAGGAGUUUUGUGUUUCAAUUCCCCUUGUCUUACAUUAAAGGCACUUACAUUCAUGUUUUUAUUUACGGCUGUGCUUCAUACAGUGUUGUUAAUGAAGUGAAACAUCAGGGGUUCUUUUCUACUGUAGCAUUUCACGUUGUGAAUAGUGUGAAUAAUUUCUGUAUUUUCUUAAAUGUGUUGUUGAAUGGGUUUUCGUGUUACUCCUUUUUACUUUGUGUUUACAACAAAUGUGUUUAAAAUAAACUCUCUUGGAUGACACUCAACUGCUUGGAUGUUUAGUGUGUGUUAUACAGUAUGUGUUGCUGUGUAAUGGAAUGGAAUUGUAAGUGUAAUGGAAAAUCUAAUUUAACCUGCUUUUGUUAUUUUGUUGUUAAAAAAAAAUAAAAAAUAAAAUUAAAAAGUAUAUUAAAAGGUAGAUCACUGGGGCCAAAAAUGAAAAAGCUGUUGUUUUUAUAUCAAGAGAAAAUGAAAUAUGAAUAUGAA